CCUAUCCCAUCCCAUCCCAUACCAUCCCAUCUUGACGACGUCUGCGAAUGCGUCUCGCCCCGCCGCCCUGUGCCGUUGCCUUCACCUUCACGUCCUGCUCUGCUGCUCUGUACCGCCACUGCUGCCCCGCUUCUGAGCUCCCGCUUCUCGCUCUGCCGCGCAUCGUCCUGCCCGUGGCCGCCUCGAUGAAGCAGCCGUCCUAGUCGUCGACUCUUUGUGCGCCCACCCGCCCACGCCCACGCCGCCGCCGCCGCCGCCCUCACCACGACCCCGCUGCCGCCACGACAAUGGUCCGCAACGAGCAGAGCGUCGCCCGCCACGGCUCCAUCGAGAGCUCGUGGAGCGCGCGCUCCGGCGACACGAUCCGGCCCCACGGCCGCCCGUCGCGCGGCACCCCCGUGACCAUCAACACGACCCCGGACCCCAAGCAGCAGCCUGACAAGGAGGCGCCCAUCUCGCCCGGCACGCUGCCGCCCGCCCCGCCGCCCAAGGACGUCGUGCACAAGCCGCAGAAGUACACGGCCUGGGAGGGCCCGCAGAGCAGCGACUUCGGCGACUACCGCAAGCAGCUGGCCGUGCUGGAGACGGGCGGCGGCAGAGUGCCCUCCAUCUCGCGCAACCCGCCGACCGCGGCGAGCGCCACCUCGCAGACGGCGCCGUGGGGGGCCGCGGGUGCCAAUGGGACUGCUAUGGCUAAUACCGUCUGGAGCAGCUUCUUCAACGACUCGGCCGAGGACGUGGCGCAGCACCCGCCGGGCCUCGCGCGCGCCGGCAGCGGCCAGGAGGACGGCAUGGGCUUCCCGCUGCGCGACGACCGGCGGCCGUCUGUCGCGAGCGCCACGACGGUGAGCAGCACCGGCUCCAAGUCGAGCCUGGGCCGCGGCUUCCACAAGCGCCUGCAGAACGUCUUCGGCGAGGACUUCUCCAGCAACCCCACGCCAACCGCCGACCGCCAGCACUCCGACUCCAGCCUGAACUCGCCCUACGUGACCGAGACGCAGUCGCUGCGCGGGAGCAGGCACCGCGGCAACUCGCUCAACAACACCACCACCCUGAGCAGCAGCUACCACUCGCGCUCGGGCUCGCCCAUGGGAUCGCGCCCGCGCACCCCGCAGGCCUCGUCCGAAGUCACCCCGUGGGAGUUCCAAGACUCGAAGGAAAUCCCGCCCCCCGCUGAGAAUGGGCGCCGCUCGUCCGUCGAGCAGCGAUCGAUCAAGUCGGUGACGCGCUCGCACAAGCUCAGGCUGCCCGGCCAUCGCCACCACCGCAGCAAAGAGGAGAAGACGGCGGAUGUCAUCCAGCCCUACACGCUGCGCCCCGCCACCAGCCGCGACGACUCGGCCUACAGCAUUCGCCAGAACCAGCAGUACCCGUCCGCCCUCAGCUCCGCCUUCGCCUCCAAGACAAACCUCACACGCCCGCCCAGUCCCACGCCUAGCUCCUUCUCCGAUAUGACGCGGGACUCGUCGCAGCAGUCACCUAGUAUCAGUAGACCGCACGGCCUCUUUGCACGAUUUCGAGGGAAGGAUAAGACGUCUGAUAAUUUGAAGAAGUUGACUGCUUCGGGAGCUACCUCUACUGUGUCGCUGAAUCCCUCCAUCGCCACGGCGAAGACUGCACGCGCUGAGCCUUCGCCCGCGACGCUGCUGGGGAAGAAGAAAGUCACUACUGAGGGGCAGGAGGAUAAGGGGCACGCCACAGGUCGCAAGAGGGAGCACAUGCAUCCUCGACUGCCCACGUUCAAACGAGACAAGCGCGGCAUGGCUUACGACCAGCCAAUGGGCAAAGAUCCCAACGAAGCAAAGGCAGACCGCGUCGGUAAUGAGGCGCUGUGGAUGUUGGAUAAAAACUUGGACGAUAUGAGCGGGAUUGUCAACACGCAGCAACCCCCCAUGACACCCCCCACCGAAGGGCUGAAACCCCCAGCAACUUUUGGCGGGGAAGAAGUCAUAACGACGAUUGUGGAGAAAGACGACCCCAUGGCGGUUUGGGAUGCUCCGGAUUCCUGGGCUGUUAAGCGGCUGGCGGAUGAGAACUUUCUCAGAGACGAAGAGCUCGACGAUAUCGAUGUGCCUGCGAAAGAAGAAAACCAUUCCAAGACGUACUGUUUACGGAUAUUCCGGGUUGAUUCUACCUAUGCGACGUUGACGGCCACGCUGAGUACGACGGUCCAGGACAUUAUACAGAUUCUGGGUAAGAAGACUGUUUUGCAGGAUGAGCUGGACAACUACCACAUUGUGAUGCGCAAGCAUGAUGUGUCACGGUCGCUGGACACGCAUGAGCGGCCGUUGCUGAUUCAGAAACGUCUCCUGGAGCAAGCGGGAUACACGGGAGCAGAUCGGUUGGAGGAUGUCGGGCGGGAAGAUAAUAGCUACCUAUGCAGGUUCACAUUCCUGCCUGCCAAGAUGAGCGGCUACUCUAGUCUGGAGAGGGAUCCCGGGUUUGGCAAGAUGCAAAAGUUCAGUCACAUCGACCUCCAAGGUCGCAACUUGAUCACCAUCCCCAUCACCCUGUACCAGAAGGCGACUGAAAUAAUAUCUCUCAACCUCUCUCGUAACCUGUCGCUCGACGUUCCAAAGGACUUUAUUCAGGCUUGCACAAAUCUCAGGGAAAUCAAGUAUACCAGCAAUGAUGCGCGUAGGCUGCCGCCCAGUAUCAGCUUGGCGAGCCGUCUGACUAUGCUUGAUAUUUCGAACAAUCGUCUUCAGUCCCUCGACAAGGCGGAGCUGUACAAUCUGGAGAGUCUGCAGGGUCUGCGUCUGUCUAAUAACGGGCUGACGCAGUUGCCCCCUUACUUUGGCCAGUACCGCGCCCUCCGCAGCCUCAAUCUCAGCUCCAACUCGCUGACCGAAUUCCCCGACUUUCUGUGCGAGGUGCGCACGCUGGUCGACCUUGACAUUAGCUUCAACUCCAUCUCCAGCCUCCCCAAGAUAGGCCAGCUGACAUGUCUGGAACGCCUCUGGGCCACCAACAACAAACUCGCCUACAGCUUUCCGUCCACGCUGAGCAACCUGGUCAACCUACGCGAGAUCGACGUGCGGUUCAACGCCCUGGAUAGCAUGGACGUCAUGUCGCAGCUGCCGCGGCUGGAAUACCUCAUGAUCGGCCACAACUCCAUCUCCGUCUUCGAAGGCUACUUCCCCAAGAUCCGCGUCCUGCACAUGAACCACAACCCCGUCACGCGCUUCGGACUCAGUCAGCCCGUGCCCUCGCUCUCCGUGCUCAAUCUCGCGUCGGCCAAGCUGGCGCAGUUGCCGGAGGAUCUGUUCGGGAAGAUCACGGGCCUGACCAAGCUCAUCCUCGAUAAGAACCACUUUACCUCGAUUUCUAAUAAUAUCGGCAGACUGUUCAGGCUCGAACAUCUCAGUAUGGCACGCAACUCGCUGGAUGAACUUCCAGUUGAGGUGGGCCGGUUGGUCGAGCUGCGGUAUCUGGAUGUACGGGAGAAUAAUCUCAGUCGCUUGCCGCCGGAGAUUUGGUAUGCGCGGCGCCUCGAGACGCUGAAUGUGUCGUCGAAUGUUCUCGAUGCGUUUCCGAAGCCGGGUGCUGCUCCGCCGGCGGUGACGAAUGGGGAUGUCUCGACGAUGGAUGGCGCGCCCCCCAUGCUGAUGCCUAACCUCGGAUCGAGCCCGAGUUUUGAGGAGCUGGGCAAGUUGGAAGACUUCCAGAAUCGGCGGCCUAGCCAGGCGUCUGGUGGGCAGUAUAGCUCCUCGCCGGCGUCGUCGAAUCGGAAGGGGUCGGCGGCUUCGUAUAGCACGACGAGCACAGCGCGGAAACCGUCGAUGCCGACAAGGACGGCUACUGAGGGGACGUUUGCGCCCAUGUCCCGCAAGGAUUCGAGUCUGUCUAGUCGGUUGGUCACGACGUUUGCAGGGUCGUUGCGGCACUUGUUCCUGGCUGAUAAUAGGCUCAACGAUGAUGUUUUCGACGAGCUGUGUCAGCUGCCGGAGCUGAGGAUCGUUAAUCUCGCGUACAAUCUCAUCUACGACGUUCCGCCGCGCACAAUCAGGAGGUGGCAGCAUCUGGCCGAAUUGUAUCUCUCCGGCAACGAUUUGUCGUCUCUGCCGUCGGAGGAUUUGGAGGAAGUCGGCUCGCUGAAGGUCCUCCAUAUCAACAAUAAUAAGUUCCAGGUGCUUCCGGCGGAACUGGGCAAGGUUGCGCAACUUGCUGUGCUGGACGUCGCUAGCAACUCGCUCAAGUAUAACGUGUCGAAUUGGCCGUACGAUUGGAAUUGGAACUGGAACCACAAACUGCGAUACCUCAAUCUGUCGGGCAACAAACGACUUGAGAUCAAACCUAGUGGUUCUUACAGCGGCAGUGGAGCUAAUAUGCGGGAGGGACGUGACUUGACGGAUUUCAGCUCGCUGACCAAUCUGCGGGUCUUGGGCCUCAUGGAUGUCACGAUGAUGGUGCCAUCUGUGCCCGAGCAGUCGGAGAACCGCAGAGUGCGCACUGCGGGGUCUGCCGUUGGGUCCAUGGCGUACGGCAUGGCGGACAGCCUGGGACGCACCGAGCACAUCUCGACUAUGGAUAUGGUGAUACCGCGCUUCCGGAGCCAUGACGAUGAGCAGAUCCUAGGACUUUUCGAUGCCCAGCCGCUCGCGGGGGGUGGGUCGAAAAUCGCAAAAUACCUCUACGACCACUUUAAGAACCGGUUCGCGGAUGAGUUGGAUAAGCUGAGGCCGCAGGAGUCGCCGGUCGAUGCGCUGCGGAGGACGUAUCUCGGCCUCAAUAAGGAGCUCGCGACGGCGGCGUCGCAGACGCUGGAGAAGGCGCCUUUUACGGCGCCGACGCAGGGGCGGUCCGCGGUCCCGGAGAUGGCGGAUGAUGAUCUGACGUCGGGGAGUGUGGCGACGGUUCUCUACCUCAAGGAGAUGGAACUGUAUAUCUCGAAUGUGGGCGAUGCGCAGGCACUUCUUAUACGGUCAGAGGGCGGGUAUAAAAUCCUCACGCGAAAGCAUGACCCCGCCGAACCUAGCGAGCGGGCCAGGAUACGGGAGGCUGGUGGUUUCGUCUCGCGGCAGGGUAAGUUGAACGACGUGCUCGAGGUGUCGAGGGCGUUUGGCUACGUGCAAAUGUCGCCGUCUGUCAUUGCUUCUCCGCAUAUUUUCAACCUCACGCUUGGCGAUACCGACGAGAUGAUACUGGUUGCGUCGCGCGAGCUGUGGGAGUACCUCACUCCUGACUUCGCCGUUGAUGUUGCACGAUCAGAGCGCAACGACCUCAUGCGUGCGGCGCAGAAACUGCGCGACCUGGCUAUCGCGUUCGGCGCUACUAACAAGAUCAUGGUCAUGCUGCUGGGUGUCAGCGACCUCAAGAGCAAACAGCGUGCUAGGUGGCGCACGCCCAGCAUGUCGAUGGGCCCGUCGGGUUCGCCAGACGACUUCUUCUCGCAGCGCAGACCGGGCAAGCGGUCCAAGAACAUGGUGGGUGACAGCAAGCUCGCCAUUCUCGACAACGAAGUAGACGCACCAACAGGCGAGGUCAGCUUGGUGUUUACCGACAUCAAGAGCUCCACGCUGCUAUGGGAGACGUACCCAAUCGCCAUGCGCUCCGCCAUCAAAAUGCACAACGUGCUCAUGCGCCGACAACUACGCAUCAUCGGCGGCUACGAAGUCAAAACCGAAGGCGACGCCUUCAUGGUCGCCUUCCGCACCGUCACCUCCGCCCUCCUCUGGUGCUUCACCAUCCAAAGCGAGCUCCUCAACGUGCAAUGGCCGCAGGAAAUCCUCAACAGCGUCAACGGGCAAGAAGUCGUCGACUCGGACGGCAACGUCAUCUUCCGCGGCCUGUCAGUCCGCAUGGGCAUCCACUGGGGCACCCCCGUGUGCGAAGUCGACCCCGUGACAAAACGCAUGGACUACUUCGGCCCCAUGGUCAACCGCGCCUCGCGCAUCUCCUCCGUCGCGGACGGCGGCCAAAUCACAGUCUCCUCGGACUUCAUCGCCGAAAUCCAACGCCUGCUUGAAACCCACAUCGAAGGCGACCGCAGCAACUCCAUCGGCUCGGAUGACGCCUACGGCGAAGACGCAAACUCCCAGCUCAUACGCCAGGAACUCCGCUCCCUCAGCAGCCAAGGCUUCGAAGUCAAAGACCUCGGUGAGCGCCGCCUGAAAGGGCUGGAGAACCCAGAGUACAUCUACCUGAUGUAUCCGCACUCGCUGGCCAGCCGGCUUGCGGUGCAGCGCCAGAUGGAAGAGAAGCCGCAGCCGCAGGCGAAUGAAGAUGGGGCUGGCACCAAGAUGCGCGACUCCCAGCUCACGAUUGAUACCGAGGAUGUGUGGGAUCUGUGGAAUAUUAGCCUCAGGCUGGAGAUGCUGUGUAGUUCGCUCGAGAAUCCGGGGAGUGCGGAACUUAAACCCCCGGAGACGGCGUUGCUGGAGCGUAUGAAGAGUCGCGGGGGGGAGAUUACGGAUCGGUUUUUGGUUAAUUUUGUGGAGCAUCAGAUUAGUAGGAUUGAGUCCUGCGCAACUACACUCGCCCUCCGCCACCGUAUUCGUCCCUUUGGCGCGGCCCCCAUUCUGCAACAAGCGUGCCAUAUGGGCGAUAUUUUCGCGGAACUGGAUGCGAAACUUAAAAGGCUGGAGCAGUAUGAGAAUGAGGCUAUGGAGGGGAUGGCGCCUUCUUAGCUGUUCGGGUGGGUGGUAAAGCGUGGGGUAAAUGGAGGUAAAGGG